CCUAUAUAAAACCUUCAUUCAAACUCCAAAAACUUGCAAUAUCUUCUUUUAUUUUGAAAUAUCACAAACUAUAUAGUCUCAUGUCAUCUUGUUCCACCACCACUAUCAUGGCGGAGGACGACGGCGGAAGGACGGCGAUCACUGCCGUCCAUCCCGACAUCAUACAAACUUUGAUUUUAACGAAACUCGACGGCCCAACUCUUAUGUCCGCCAGUUUCGCUUCUUUGCAGCUGCAAAAUCUUUGCUCCGACGAUGAACUUUGGCGAAAAUUUUGUAACUCUUCUUGGCCUUCUACUUCCGACCCACUUAUCAAAAACGCUGUUGCAGCCUUUCCCUCCGGUCACCGUUCACUUUUUUCCGAUUCCUUUCCGUCCAUAACCCACAACGAGCCAAAACCCAUUACUGGAAACAACUCAAAGCAGUAUUUCCCGUCGCCGGAGUUGAUAUCGGCGGUCGAUAUUCACUUUGAGGGAAAUUUAUUGUACUCGAAAGUGUUGACUAACGAGACGGAAAGCGGGUGGUUCAUGAGUUCGCCAUUCAGAAUUGAGCUAUUGGGUCAUAAGGAAAUUGUUCCGACGCCGGUGAAAUUCGACGGCGAGGAUGGAAAUCGUAAAUUGGAGUUACAGAAGAUGAAAUUGAGCUGGAUUUUAAUUGACCCAUCGAGGAAUCGAGCUGUGAAUGUAUCGAGUUUGAACCCGGUAUCGGUCCAACGACAUUGGUUAACCGGAGAAUUGAAAGUUCGGUAUUCGACGGUGAUGGGUUCCGGCGCCGGCGAAGGGUUGGUUCAGUGCGGGAUAGUUGUCACGUGCGAAGGUAAAGAAGGAGGCGAAUUGCACGUGCGAGAAGUAAGCAUGCAAAUAGAGGAUAUGGAUGGGAAAGUUUUGUGUGGGAAGGAUAGUUUGGUCAUUUUACAAGAAGUUAUUGAAGGAGGAAGAAAAAAAAGAAAAGAAAAUGAAGAAAAAGAAAAUUAUGAGAAUUUUUUGGAAUUAAAGAAAAAAUGGAAGGAAAAUAAACAAAAGAAAGAAAAAAAUUUGGAUAUGAUGUGUAUAGCAAGUGGAAUUACAAUUUUAAUUUCUUUUUGGAGUUUAAUUGUGUUUGGUUCAAGAAGUAAUGGUAGUUAUUUUAGUUAGAAA